GGGAAAACAUGGAUUGACCAAAUCUGUAGCAGCAGACACUGUUCUUUUGGGUUACAGUUCCAAACACGGUUCUUUGCUUCACAGAAUGCUUCUAAGGCGCAUAAAGCUCUGUCUGGUCGUUUGUUCUCUCCGGUCUUUGAGACUUAAGAAUAAAGGGUCUGUUGACUGAAUACCACUGAAUGGAUGACAAUAACAAAGGUAGUCAUGGUCCUGAUGUUGGGGAACAUGUUAGUGUCUGCAGAAACAGAGAACAGCAGGAAAGAUGUGAAGUCUCGGAGACGCAAACUAGAUGCGCAUCCACGUGGGGCAGGCUCGUCUGUUAUAAUUUCUCCGGAUCCGAUGAUGACAGGUUCAGAGUCAGGUGUGGUGAUGCCUGGUGCUAUUGAAGUGGACUUUGAUAAGAGCAUUGAAGACAUGGUGUCCCAGGUCAGAAAUAAUCCAAACUUAUCCAUAAACCAAUGCGUGGUGGAUCGCAAACUUUGGAUGUCCAACAGUCGCAGCCUCUCUCCGUGGUCCUACAGAAUAAAUCACGACGAGGAGCGUAAACCCGUGGACAUCCCCGAGGCCGUGUGCUCGUGCGUGGGGUGCAUCAAUCCUUUCACCAUGCAAGAGGAUCGCAGCAUGACCAGCACUCUCAUUUACACCAAAAUCCCCGUGCGCAGAAUUAUGUGCCAUCGGCCGACCAAGAAGCCGAGGAAGAAUAAGAAAUGCGAGCCGCGAUACAGGACGGUCGUGGAGAGCAUCGCCGUGGGCUGCACGUGCAUCGUGGGCUAGCUUGGGUGUGGGACCUAAACCUGUUAUGGGCUAAUACUUUGUAACAUUGCAAAAAAUGCUGAUAUUGUGAAUGUAUUUAUAGGCUAUAUACUUUUUAAUUUGUGAAACAGUAAAAACAACAAGAGAAACCAUUAAAGCGAUUCUUCUAGGAUUUAAUGGUUAUAAUAGGAAUUGUAUUGGUUUUACAUUACCAGUAGUGAACUCUAAUGUUAGUGGUUUCUGUUGAUAGGAACCAUCAGAGCACUAUUACAUCUUACUGAAAUAAGACUACCAACAUACAUAAAUGAAUACUGGUUUUGAUGGUUUUAAGAACAGAAUUGUUAUAUUUCUAUUCUUUUCAGCAUAGCAAAUGCUUUGAUUUAUUGUGCACGCUUUAUUAAAACAACUGUUAAGUUUAAAACAUUUCUUUGAUCGUUUUCAUUAUGCAAUCCUGUACAUAUCUUUAU